UCUCUUGGUUGCCCUGUCCAUAAGAAAAGAGACGCCUGGAGUUCGCUCACCAUGAAAAUCACGGGCGCGUUCCUGCUGCUGGUGUUGUACAAUGCACUAGUAGCACGAGCUAGUGUGGUCGAGAACUUCAGGGAAUGCAAGCACUUCUUAUACAAGGGCACACCACCUUUGGGGAUUCUGGGAGACCAAUUGAAGAAGAUAUGCCAGCGAUAUGCCAGCGAGCCCCGCUACGUGACCCUGUACGAUCCUGCUAAGCACAUCCCUGUGUACUCCGCCUACACCUUCAAGAAAUCGGAUGGGGAGAAGCGCGUGGAUUACCCCUGGAUGUAUGAGCCUCAGUUGGCAACAUCAAAGGGGAGUGGGAACAUGGAGCCUUUCCCGCGCAGCAACAUGCACCAAAACUUCGAGGACACGCAGGCCGUGCUGCAAGACUAUGCUGACGUGGUGCUGUACGAGAGAGGCCACCUCAACCCCAACCAGCACCAGUCAGAGCCCAACGACAAAGCCGCCACCUACACCCUCACGAACGUCGUGCCGCAGGUGAGAGAGUUCAACAUCGGGCCGUGGUUCCAGCAUGAGGACAGAAUCCGUCGGCGACUCAACAACUACUGCAGGGGCCAAGCGUAUGUCAUCACCGGGGUAACCACCUCGGGGAACAUGAUUCGGCGAGAUAACAUCGACAGAGUAGCCAUCCCAGAGUACAUGUGGACAGCCUACUGCUGUACCGACUACGACAGAAACGCCCCCUUCUAUGUGAGGUAUAAAUUCCCCUCCUUUGCUGCCUAUGGCCUCAACGACAGGGUGAAUAAUCAUGUGGUAGAACUGCCCAUAAAAAGGCUAGAAACCUUCCUGAAAAACAAGAUGGAUGUUGAUAAAGAUUUCCAGCUGUUUUACAGAGAUUGCGUUCCAUAAAUUUGUAAGAGGUCACACUGCUGUAUUUGAUAAAGAGUUCUUUCAAUAUCAGUUACAAAAUUUAACUCCUGAACCACUUUUUAACAGUACAAGAAAGAAAUCAUUGGCUGUCUUGAUUAAACCUGAAUCUCGUUCAAAGAUUUAUGAAAUAUUAGCCCAUAUCAAUUUUCUCUUGACAUACUGUACACUCAUGUACUUGGCACAUUAUUAAAGCUGUGGUAUACAAGCUGUAGUGUAUACCACAAGAGUGUAGUGGUAGUAAAAUAACUAAAAAACUGUUCCUGAAGAAAAAAAUAAGUACAGUAGGAGAAAUCCCAAAGUAUUAAUUAAUUCUUCUAAGUAUGCUACACCACAGAUACAGAUUUAAAACUUAAAUAUAAUAAGUAAAAGAUCAGGAUAACAAUUAUCUUGUGCAAUUUUCUUGUCUGUCAUGUUUCUCAUAUUCAUCAAGUAACUCAUUUGGUAGUGAAUGACGAAGUGUAACUCUCCUUUAAUAAAAAUCACA